AUGUUAAAGGCUAAACAAGAAUUAAUACAAGACUACACUAAUAAUUAUAAGUGGACACGGCUUGCAACGUUAACUUUAUCUAGAAUAAUAUUGUUUAAUAAACGCAGAUCGGGUGAAGCAGCAAAAAUGAAGCUAACUGAUUAUAUUUCCCGACCAACUUGGGCAGAGCAAAAUACGGACGAAAUAAAAAAUUCUCUCACAAUAAUCGAAAAAAAACUGGCAGAGUCAUUGACACUAGUGGAAAUUGAAGGGAAACGUGGCAAAAAGUUCCCAGUAAUCCUAACUCCAAAUACGAAACAAUGUAUUGAUAUUUUGAUUCAACAUAGAGUUACAUGUGGGAUUUCAAGUCAAAAUGUAUACAUUUUCGCCAGAUCUAAUCCAUCUAGUUCAAAUCUUAGGGGGCAUGAUUGCUUGAAAAAAAUAUGUGAAGAAAUUGAUUUGCAGAAUCCUUCAGCAAUAACGGGAACAAAGUUGCGUAAAUAUGUAGCAACUGUAUGUCAACUAUUUGACAUGUCAGAAAAUCAAUAUGACUGGUUAGCUCGUCACUUAGGUCAUGACAUCAAAGUACAUCGUGAUUUUUACAGAAUGCACGAAAGUGCGAUUGAACUCACCAAAGUAAGUCGAUUGCUUAUAGCUGUUGAUAAAGGUGAAGUGAACAAGUUUGCUGGAAAAUCUAUUGACGAAAUAGAAAUUAAAGAUCUGCCUACUUUAGAAGAAGAUGAGGAAGAAGAACCAGAAGCUGAACCGGAAGGUGAAGCAGGAAUUGGUAAUGAUGAAAAUGUUCAGACCAUUCACAAAACAAAAUUAACCAAAGCAAAAAAGUCUAAAAAGAUUUCCAGAGGUCCAGUUCCAUGGACGAAUCAAGAAAAGGAAGCCGUCUGCAAUUAUUUUAAACUUAAUAUUAAGAAGGGAAUUGUACCAAACAAAAAAGAAUGUGAGAAAUGCAUUGUGCUACAUCCCAUAUUAGUUGAAAGAUGUUGGUCAAAGAUUAAAUUUUGUGUUAAAAAUGAAAUUACUAAACUUAUGCGCAAUAAAAAUAGCAAAAAAUAAUUAAUAAUGCUGGAUUUUUAGAUGUCCUAGCAGUUUUAUUUCAAGGUUUUACAUUAAUUUCUUGGUCCUAAUAAGACUAGAUUUAUUUGAAUU